UGGUUCCGGAGCCUGACGGCGCUCGAUCCUAGCAUGGAGCUGGUGCAGGACAAUCCCUGUCUGAUGGAGUUCAUUGCCUCUGUGCUGGCGCUGCCAGAGCCCAGUCCGAGCAUCCUCUCCUUCACCCUGCGGCUAGCUGGGAUACUUGCCGCUUCCGAAAGCCGCUUCCAACACUUGCAGCAGGAGAAGCUGUUGGUCAGGCUCUUUGGUGGGGAUGGGCCCCUCAGCAGCGCCGUGUGGGAAGAUGCCUCCGUGCGAAGUGGCUGGGUGAACGGUGUGCACAGCAUGAUGCAGCACCAGCCUGCCCUCCGCUUCCUCUGCGAUGGUGGAGGCAUAGAUGCGAUCUUCACUCUGCAAGGGGAUCCCAGCCUGUUUGUGGCUUCAGCUGCCAGUCAGCUUCUGGUGCACAUGCUCACCCUGUCUGUAGAGUCUGAAACAACUAAACCUCUCACUACAAAGGACUGUGGCUGGCCAGCGUGUGCCCAAAUGAUUAUAAAGCAUAUAGAAGAUUCCCUUCAGUCCAGCUCUGCCUCUCACAUUGAACAGUCAUUAAAACUGUUAACUAGUUUGUUUGGCAGCUGUCAUGCUCCGUGGACUGAAGUACUUUGGUUAGGGAUAGCAAAGCAAAUAGAAUCCUUUCUGAUGGAAGAGACUGUUCAAGUACAACACAUGCUGGCAAAUCUUUUGCUUAAAAUGGCAAGGUCCCCUGUGUUUGACACUGAAGGCAGUUUUUGGGCAUUGGUGACUUCUGCUUUAGAACACUUAACCCCAGUACAAGCGGGUCCUUUGGCAGUGAGAAUUCUGAGGCUCUACAAAUGCCCACAAGAUGUGAGGAUUCAGGCAUUGACUGUUCUACUUCAGCCAAUGGACUGUAUUUUGAGAGCAGCCUCCCAGCCUCUGGAAUACACAGGUUUGUUGGAUGAGUCUGUUAGUGAUCCCAUCACUGUUGAAAGUCUUCUGUCCUCCAAGUCGUCUUGUGCUAGUCUCCUGUGUCAGACCCUUGCUCAUCUGAAGGAGCUGCUGUCUCUGAUUGAUUUGCCCAUGGAUUUACCCUGUACACCUUUGCUACGCUCUCUUAUGACAAUACUGCAAUUCUGUAAUGGCUUCCUGACCCCAGCAUCUCCUCUGGGAAGCACAAUAAGCCGAAUCCUGAUCAAUAGCUUCAGAGUACAGAGGUCAGCUCUUGAUGUCCUAGCAGCACUCUCAGAGCAAAAAGGCUGUGACACACUCAUAGGAAGUCUAUUUGAUGUCCUUCUGGCAUACCUGGAGAGUCCAAACACCAGCCCUACUGUUCUAAAGAAAACAUUUCAAGCUACAGCCAAGUGGUUGGUGCGCUUACAGGAAGUGUCCUGCUCUAACAGUCAGUGGCAACAAGCUGAGAAGAUUUUGGAAGAUGUGUUUCUGGUGCUGCAGAAGCGUUUGUGCAGUCCUUGCUGGGAAGUAAGAGACUCUUCUUUGGAGUUCCUCACUGUCCUGAUUAAAUGCUUGACAGACCAGGAUGAGUUCAGGCAGUCUCUCCUGUCUUCAGAGGUGCCAAGGCUUACAGAAAACCUUCUGGAGGAUCCAGAAAGCUAUGUGCGAGCAAGUGCUGUGACUGCUGUGGGACACUUGGCCUUCAUUACUUACUUUGCUCCAGAGUCACCUGUCAUAGGGAAUCAGUGUAAUAAAGAGAACACUAUAGCAAAGCUUCAGGAAAUCCUGUCAACAGACCCAGAGGGCUUUCCUAGGAGGGCUGUGAUCAGCAUCUUCAUCGAGUGGGUGCGACAAGGCUGCACAGGUCAGCUGGAAGACACAGAGCAGUUUGUCUCUAGAGUGAUCCAAACAGUGGAGCAUGACUUAGACUGGGAAGUCAGACUUGGUGGUUUGGAACUGGUUGACAUUUUCUGUCAUCAUGCCUUUUGCCAUUUUGGCCUUCCUAAAUGCCCAUAUGCUCCUGUCUCAUCUGUAGUCACUAGUUCCAUUCACCAGAAUAAGGUGCUGCAGAUACUUUGCCAAGCAAACCUGUUCAGCUUUUUGUUUCGGUCUUUGUGUGACUGUGACCAACCAGUGGGUCAGAGAGCCUGUGAUUUACUGCUUAACCUAAGGAUUAAUUUCUAUCCAACUUCUACCCCGAGGGAUUCACGAGAGACUGAAGAUUCACCUGUAGGACAUAGCAUUGCCUGGUUACAAAGGACACUAAGGCAGGGUUCUCUGGCCAAGAACUUCCCCACAGAUGGUGGUAAUGGAGUGGAUUUUCAAGAUCCAGAGAGCAUGUUGAUAGCUUUGGGUACAAUAGACUUAGAAGAGCUACGUGAUGAGCUAAAUAAAAGUAGUGACCAUGUGGAGAAAAGCCCUCAGUCUCUCUUACAGGACAUCCUUGCUACUGUGGGGACCAUAGAGGAGAAUGAAGCUGACUGUUACUGA